GCUUCAUCCAGCAAUAGGGUGACAAGCUGCACCUUUGUUUUCAUCGCUGCGCUCCUUAAGACAUGUUCUUGAAGCGUCAUAACAAUGAUGACUUUCCAGAUUUGUCCAUCGAGCUUCGCGAUGAGAUCAGCUGGGUGCCCGGGACUUUGCGCACCUUCGAGUAUCUCCUCAACAUAACAGCGCUUGCCUUUGACCCGACCAGCCGAAUUCUAGCCGCAGGCACAUCCAGCGGCACCAUCCAUAUUUUCGGCGGCGCGGGAGUUGAAUCGAAACUCACCCUGCCAGAGCCGGUCUCCGUGAAGUUCCUGAGCUUCUCACAACUUACAUUCACGAUAUUAUGCAUUGACGGUAACAACUGCCUGCAUGCCUGGGAUCUCGCUGUCUAUGGUCGCCCAAAGUUACUGACCAGUCAACGUUUCCACGAUGCCGUUAGCUGCCUUGCGCUGUCGCCAUCACAUAGUCAUGCUUUCGUAACACUUGCAUCUGGGGAAGUCCGUGCGUACGAUGUCGAAUGCUGCAGGGUGUCGCCAUACAAGAUACCGAACCUAUGGGAUCUAUACGAGGAAAAACUGCGGCAAACAGGGAUAGCCCAUCAGGCCUCACCAGAAUCGCGGCUUCCCAUCGAUAUCGCUGUACACCCGAGGGACCUCAAUUUACUAUUCAUUGCGUAUGAAGGUGGGAUUAUCCUAUGUGAUCUGAAAGAGCAAGCAACGAUACGUACGUACGAGCUUGUUCUACGUCCGGGUGCUCCAGGAGGGGAGGGAUAUGGCAGCAAGGAUCUGCUACUGCAUAGACGUGUUCCUGUAACUGCCAUUGCCAUCCAUCCUGCCGGCCAUUUCUUCGCCGUGGGUCACUUGGACGGCAGUAUUGCUUUUUGGGCCGUCGAAGACGAGGAUCAGCCAUUAGCCGUAAGGACCUUGGACUCAAGCGACGUCAAUAUUGUCGAUGCCGCUGUCCUGGAGCAGCAUCUGGACUCUCCGCCACCCUCUGUACUUCGCGAGUCUAUCUUCAAGCUCGCGUGGUGUGGGUUCAGUAACUCGACAGAUCCUCGCGGUGGAGAAACGGCACUGGCUAUCUUAGGCGGUACUCCCGUAGGCGACGCUCCCGGCCUCACUGUCGAAUGGCUUCCUGCUUUCAAUCCAGACGCUCCAGCUGCAGGACCAGGCGCCGUGGGUAUACCACCUGCCCUGCGCGAGGCGAUGCGCUCCAGCACUAAUCCGGUCGAUGCAUACUUCUACGAAACGCGUGGGGUCGUACAAGAUUUCUAUCUGACACCGACGCGUACCCCCCACCUGUCCGGCGCCUUCGACCCUGAUUCCAUCGUUUUCAUAUUGGAAGGACCUGGGGGUUCUCGGGUGACUGAAGCGUAUGAAUAUCCUCCUCAAGCCUUCCUCUCUCGUGGCAAGGAAGAGAAGGCCGACGCAGGAGCUGAUCUCGAUGUGGAAGAGGACCUUGCCAAGACGCUAGCGGAUAUGAAGGUCAGCGAUGAGCCGGUUCGCCUGCUGUUGCCACCUGCUCUCGAAUGCGGGAGCGCGGGCGUGAGCGGCGGACAACUUCUGCGGCUUGAUACCCAUGUGUAUCAGCGACUAGUCGACUGGAAAGGAUUACGAACGCCCACCCUCACCCUGAAAGGAGGUCGCGCUUGGUGUGACGAACUCGAUGUCAGCGAGCUACGACUUGCAAAGUACGAGCCUCAUCGCUUGCUUGUUACCUAUAAUCAGCGCGAUGCGACUGUGCGCUUCUUCGACGUCAGUGCACAGUUACUCAUUGCACAGCGACCGAAUGCUCUGGAGUCAGAUUAUCCCGCCGCGCUGUCGCACCUCACGCUGAGCACCUCUCACGUCACCACUGACCCUGCACUUGCUGGCAGAGCGUCUGACGCUUUUUUGCGUGGGGAGGCAGCAGUGGCAAAUGUCAACUUCGUUUCUGUUGGGGAGGAUACAGAGGCGGCCAUUACGAUGUCAAGUGGCGAAGUUGUGCUCUUCCGAACGCGCCAUGCACAACAAGCAUCUCGCAUUCUUCCUCCCCAAACAGAUCAAGAACUCGUGACCGUACAGCCCAGAGUUUUGGAAGAUAAUCUGUUUGCGCCUUAUUUGGUGAUCGUGGGCAGAGCCCCUUCUACCGCAUGCGCUUUGACCAGAGAAGGUUUUGCUGCCGUGGCUUACGCUGAUGGCUCAUUGGUCAUUGCGAACAUACGUCGCAACGCUGUUGUCCAGCGUAUGCGUCCGGACAGUCGCAGACAAAGUGCUCUUGGACUGCAUCGACGGGAAGACUCAAGCGCGGACGCAAUCAGCGCCCUGCUCUGGGUGGUAAGCCCGCUCGCGGAGGAGCCCACCACAAGCCUGCGGCUCCUUGCUCUUCGGAGCUCGGGCACUGGUCGCAUAUACACCAUAGAUCGCGAUGGUGGAGCUGGAUCAGCAAAAGCAGCACCUCUCGCAUUUGAGGGCGCAUCUGAAGUACUCAACAACGGGAUAUUCGUUGUCGACAGCAAGACGGGAGGUACGUGGCGCGGCGGCGAGCGUCCAGGGUCGAAGCCUCUGCUCGUUAGCGUCGGCGCGCGAGGCGCACGAUGCAACGUCGACAUCACGGGCGAGCGCAUCGGCAAGAUCGACUGGAGUAUUGGACCGGCAACUAGCGCUGCGGUGGUAGAAAAAUUGGGUUCGCACGCACUUCUCGUGUUCAACGCUACCGGAGAGUCGGCAGCAUAUUCCCUGCCGCGUCUAGAGCUUAUGCAUACGCACCAACUGACCGCGCCUUCGACGAUCCCUCCUUCUCCUGAUACUACCGGCGACUACGUGGCCUGGGCUCGGCACGCUACAGCAGGGGUAAUGCGACAUGCUUCAUACGCCACUUUGUUUGCUGGAAGACGGCCCCACGCAGGCUUACCGGACGUCGAGUAUGUAAGAGGACCACAGGUUCCGCAGCCUCAGCCUGUCAGCGCAGGUCCCGAGACAUGGUCCGCCUGGCUAGGAGGCUUGACGGGGCGCGGGACGAUGACAGGCGAGCAGAUCGAUGCAAUGCUGGCUGGUCCAGAUCGUCCUCCUCCUCGGCCGCGCGCACAACCGCCACGCAGUCCGGGUCUCGCAGGUGCCUUCGGUACCGGCGUGAGCGCGGCAGGCGUAGCCGACGCAGCAGAAGGAGCACGCGCUGGGCUGGCGGACAGGCUGGGCGCCGCCCUCAACGAGCGCGGACAAGCCUUGAGCGAGCUUGAACAACACUUCAACGCCCUCGAGGAGGGAAGUCGUAGUAUGGUGGCCCAGGCGAAGCGCCUCGCCACUCAGCAAACAGCGAAGGGAUGGUUCAAUUUCUCAUCGUCGUCGUAA